AUGGACGUGGACGUGGACGUGGACAUGGAUGUGGACAUGGACGUAGACGUGGACAUGGAUGUGGACAUGGACGUGGACGUGGACGUAGACGUGGACAUGGACGUGGACGUGGACAUGGACGUGGACAUGGACAUGGACGUGGACGUGGACAUGGACAUGGACAUGGACGUGGACGUGGACGUAGACGUGGACAUGGACGUAGACGUGGACAUGGACGUGGACGUGGACAUGGACAUGGACGUGGACGUGGACGUGGACGUGAUCGUCAACGUGGACGUGGACAUGGACGUGGAGGACAUGGACGUGGACGUGGACGUGGACGUGGACGUCGACGUGGAGGUGGACGUGGUCGUGGACGUGGUGGACGUCGACGUGGACGUGGACGUGGACAUGGACGUGGAGGACAUGGACGUGGACGUGGAUGUGGACGUGGACUUGGACGUGGUCAUGGACGUGGACGUGGACGUGGACGUGGACGUGGUCGUCGACGUGGACGUGGACAUGGACGUGGACAUGGACGUGGACAUGGACGUGGACAUGGACGUGGACAUGGACGUGGACGUGGACGUGUACGUGGACAUCGACGUGGACAUGGACGUAGACAUGGACGUGGACGUGGACAUGGACGUGGACAUGGACGUGCGGGACAUGUGGAUGUUGGACGUGGACGUGGACAUGGACGUGGACGUGGACGUGGACGUGGACGUGAUCGUGGACGUGGUCGUGGACGUGGACGUGGACGUGGACGUGGACGUGGAGGUGGACGUGGACAUUGACGUGGACAUGGUCGUGGACGUGGUCAUGGACAUGGACGUGGACGUGGACGUGGACGUGGAGGUGGACGUGGACGUGGAC